AUGGGUGUGUUGGAACUAGUCGGUGACUACUGGGAGCAACUAAAAGAAACUGUUGUGCCUGUCUUGGCCGCGGCCGAAGAUAACGAUAACGAGCAGCAUGAACAAGAAGCAGGAGAGGAUGAAGAAGAAUCAAAGGGUGGCGAAGAUGGAGAUGACGAUGACGAUGACGAUGACGAUGAAGAUGAUGACGAGGACGAGGACGAAGAAGAAGAGGAAGUCACUGAUCAAUUGGAAGAUUUGAGAGAACAUUUUAAGAAUACAGAGGAGGGUAAGGCACUGGUGCACCAUUACGAGGAGUGUGCCGAAAGAGUCAAAAUACAGCAACAACAACCUGGCUACGCAGACCUCGACCACAAGGAGGACUGUGUGGAGGAAUUCUUUCACCUACAGCACUAUCUGGACACUGCUACGGCACCUAGAUUAUUUGACAAAUUAAAGUAG